AUGUCGGCCAUCUACUACCGACCCGUCCUUCUCUCUUCCGCCACAGCUGCAUCAGAACCCCAGAGUAGCGAUGGCAACGAAGCCCUUGUCGCAGAUCACACGACGCUGGACGACGUUCUCUUGCCCGGAACGCACAACUCGGCGACGAACGCGUUCGACCAGAGCGAGCUCAACAUUCUGCACUCGGGCCUGGGCGGACUGCGCACCGCUCCGAUCGAGGCAGCCACAUGCGGCGGGUUUCGCGCAAGGGACUUUGUGAUUGGAUGGUCGGUAAAUCAGGACAUUGGCGUGCUCGAGCAACUGGAACACGGCGUUCGAUGCCUGGAUAUUGACGUAGCGUUCGAUCUUUCAAGACAUCGACCAGGAUCGAAUCAACACAGUCCGUCGAGUCCGAGUCCGACACCGGAGCACGCAGUUCCUGUUCUGGCACCCGUUCCGCCUGACGCGACAUCACGGCUCGCAGAAGAUCCGCUAUUUGACAGCAGGCUGAUGGGGAAUUCUGAGAGUGUCAGCGGAUUUCACACUCUGCACUCGUUUCGCUGUCUGCCCCUGGAGCACGUCCUGCGAGACAUUGCAAGGUUUUGCACCGCGCAUCCGAGGGAAAUUGUUCUCGUUGCCGUUGAGCUUCACGAGCAUAACCAACCCCUAAGUGCGCCCACGAGUCCGGCGGAUCCAGCCAGUUCGACAACGAGCCCUGCUGGUCGCGACUGGUCGACGCCGCACCUCAAGCUCGCGCGUUUGAUCGAGGAGGUGCUGGGUUCGCGAGCCAUUCCACUCAAUGCACGAUUUGACACACUGCGGCAGCACGAGCGCGCAGGUCGGAGCAUUGUGCUCAUGUGCAACUCGCAGUCCGUCCAAAGUCACUCUGCUCUCCUGUGGCCUGCCAAUUUGAUGCGUGGGAGAUGGCUUGACACGAGCAAUCCGGAGCGGAAACUGGAAGACUUGGCCGCUCAAAUGGUUCAAUACGGGCAGGAUGCCGGCCCGAUCCGUCCAGAGUAUGCUGCAGCUGCUGCAACAGUCCGCGCUUCGAGCUCUGCAACAAGCCCAACAGCUGCCGCGUCCCGGCCCAUGUUCAUGACGACGUUCACCCUCACGCCCCAAACUGGCGAUGUCGUCCGUGCGGCCGUGCAGCGCCUCGCUGGUUGCCUGCUAUGUGGCGUGUUUUGCUGCGCCCACUGGCUGUUUUUGCCACGUACCGUGCCUUCACCCGAGAGCACGAGUAGUAGCAACGAGAAAGCGAAGAAUCGUGGUGCCGAGGUCAUUUCGCGACAACCCUUGCUCCGAGAAACCGAGCGCGAGCCGUUCCAGUUUGAGCAUGCCGAACGACCUGCCUACCGCACGCUGUGCUUCCCACUGCACGACAACAUGAGGCUGAUGGCGUGCCGCUUCAACCGUCGGUUGGACGAGUUUGCUUGGCAGCAGCGCACCGAUUUGCUGCGCUUUGUCAACGUCGUUUCGAUUGACUUUGUGCAGCGGUCUCUGCUUGUUCCUCUCAUUGUUCAGCUGAACCGGGAGCGUCUUGUUCUCCCCGUGUUUGCCGCAGCGUCGACGUCUGCGCCUCUCUUGGCGUGGUCCAGCCACCCCGUCUUCUUGGCACCCGGCGCACCCGCUGCUGCUGCUGCAGAGCCAAAGUCACCGCUCGCUGCCAUCCCCGCGCUGCGCAGCUACCUCAACCCGGACACGCUCGCUGCCCCGUCCGUCGUCGUCGUCUUUGUCCAGAAUGCCUUCUCAUCGCAGGAGGUUGCUCGCUUUGGCGGCUUCCACGUCGCGCACUCGUCCGUCUCCAACAUUCGCGCCCUGCUCCAGUCGAGCACCUCGAGCCUCGCCACAGAGUACUCGAACGACGCCACCCUCGUCGCGCACCUCUCCGCUGCUGCCACGGGCAAGCUCGUCGAGCUCUCUUCUGCCCAGCUCGCCGCCGCCGAGGCCCUCCCCUUCACCCUCUCUGGCGACGGCCAGCUCGACGUCCUGAUUGUCCGCGUCGCCAGCAACGCCGCCCAGCGCUCUGAGCAGUUCUCCGAGCUCGACCAGUUUGUCGGCCACGUCUCCCGCCUCGUUGCCGCCGCCUCCAACGGUGACUACCUCGCUGUCUUUACCAGCGACAAGCUGACCAACCGUGUCAUGCAGACUAGCUUUGCUUCGGACGUUCUUCGCCGCGAUGUUAACGACACCACCAACAACACUUGGUGGACCAUCCCGAUUCUUAUGGGCCUGUUCGUCGGCGCCAUCCUCUUCUCUAUUCUCCUGACCGGCGUCAUUUCCAUCUUCACCACUGAGACCCCCACCAAGUUUGAUGAUGCCAAGAUCCACAAGGGUCUGCAAAUCAAGCAAUAA